UCAUGUGUAGAUAAGAGGAAUGUGAGAUCAUUGUUAAGGCAGAAGCGUUUCCCAUUCAUUUCAAUUCAGUUGUUUCGGAAAAGGCCAGAACGUCAAUCCAAGAUAAGAUUGAAAAAAGGAGGGAAGAAAUUCCAAAUUAGAAUGGCAUCAAAGUUGUAUAAUAACAUGAAAAAAGCUAUAAUUUUUGUUGCCCUGCUCGGGCUGAUUCUUGGCGUCUUAGCUCGCUCAUGCUUUCAGGGGCUGCAGAAGAAUGUGGAGGAAGAGACAGGAAGCUACUGCGGACAACAAUUUGAUGAACUAUGCAGUAAUGUAAGCAGAAGCAUUCAGGAUACCUUUGUCACUUUAACAGUCAGUUUUCUCCAUUUCUUCAUUUCAAGGUGCCUACAGUUUAGAUAUUUGCCAGCAUUGUUUCCUGCACCUUCGACCAUGUCUCUGUCAUUUUGUGUAGCAUUUACUCGAUCAAUCUUAUCGAUGCCAGAUAACCCUCUGGAAUAACU